AUGCUCCAUCAACACUUCACUGAGCACUUCAAAUUCAAUCUGUUGAUGUGGUCUCAAGCCACAGAGAGUGUAACAAACACAGUAGUAACUUUAGGAGCUGAUGUGAAUAUAAGCUGUGAUCUUGAUAUAGAGGAGAUUUACUGGUACAGACACAAAUCACCAGAUCCUCCAGUGUUGAUCUUACGCACUUACAGCAGCACAUAUGAAGGAGCUGAAUAUGAAAACAGCAUCUUCAAACUCAAAUACUCAGUGAAAACUAACAGUCGCCUGUUCAUCAGAAAUAUCAGCACUGAUGAAUUAGGAGUUUAUUAUUGUGUCAAAACUAGUGAACCACAAAAAUUCAGCAACGGCACCAAAAUCUACAUCAACAACUCUUUCCUGAAGAAUCAGACUUCAGGAUCAGAGUCACAUGAUGCUCCACAAGACCAGAAAUCAUGGAUAAAUCUGACCAUCAUCAUCAUCAUCAUCAUCAUCACUGCUUCUGUCAGCAUUGCUGUAAUAGGUUUGAUAAAGAGCUGCACAAACUCAAGCAGAGGAGGUAAAGAAAGCUUCAGGAGAGACGUGAAAGAGUCGCAGUUUGCUGAAGCUGUUUUGUUGAAGCAUCUCAGUGGCAGCAGAUCUUGUCAAACCGUGUGCAGCUUCUCUCUUCUUCAGUCAAUAACAGAUGAAGGAGCUUCAGAAGAGACAGAAAAGUGCUUUAGAUUUAAAUAA